UAAUGCUGAAUAGUGGUGCUAUGGGCUGAGGAGGCAAUGUCUCUUUUGCUACUGAGCUUGACAGGUGUGGCUUCUGAGGAACCAUGUUGUAUCUCCUUGACCCAUUCCUUCCGGUUCCUUUGGUGGCCCAUAUAGGUACACUCUCUGCUCUGUUUCUUCUCAUCCCCAUCCACUGCCUUCUUGAGUGAGAAGUGACUGAAGAGGAGAAGGACUAAAAAGCAGCAGUCACUGUGAGGACAGUGCCAUGCCAGUGCCCCACACGAAGUUCCCCCUGCAUGACGUUUCAUCCUGUGUCUUCCCGUUUAUCUAUAAAAACAAGACAUAUCAUACCUGCACCAAGGAUGGAUCCAAGCUCCAUCGGUUGUGGUGUGCCACAACCAGUUCCUAUGACAAAGACCACCACUGGAAGUCUUGCUAUGAGACAGAGUAUGGUGGCAACUCUCAUGGAAAGCCCUGCGUAUUCCCCUUUGUUUACAAGGGGAGGCUGUUCUAUACUUGCACAGAUGAAGAAGUCAUGCCCAGGAAAUUUUGGUGUGCAACAACGAGGAGCUUUGACAUAGAUGGAAAAUGGAGCUACUGUGCUGAUACUAUAGUUAUUGGGAAGUCUAAAUCUGAUGUGACUCAGGAAAGGGCUUACUGUGACCCUGCAGAUCCUCAUUGCCUUGUAGCUUCCAGGGGGCUGAAAAGGUUAGAUAAUGGAAAGCAUGGAAACAUCCUGCCCAAAGAAUACAGUAGAGAUGAAGAUCAUGAAAAGGAUCAAGAAAUGACAAUCCAAGAUCCUGCCUCAUCCUUCUGAUUCUUCUCAAGCUCCUUUGCUGGCUGUCAGUAUGGAGCUUUCAAAUUAGCAGAAAAGUUGUGGUGGUGGUGGUGGGGACAGUGGUGAAGCAACGUUCUCCAGCACCCGGAGCGGCGAACAGGCAGGGGCGUGACUGGUGUGCA